UGUCAGACAAUCUUAAGGAAAAUGAAUUUUGUACGGGAAACAAAGUUCAAGAUUCUGAAGUGAAAAAUAUGGUCAAUAAGCUUGUUAAUACAGCAAAGUUAAUACCAGAGACAUUUGAUGAAAAGCAAAUGUUUGUGUCAUCCCAAUCGUCUUUGUUGAAAGAAGAAUUCAAAGCACGAUUCAGGAAUGUCUCCAAAAUAAUGGAUUGUGUUGGAUGUGAUAAAUGUAGAUUAUGGGGAAAAUUACAGAUUUCUGGUAUUGGAACAGCAUUGAAGAUUCUCUUCUCGUAUGAUGAUGAAUUUUUCAA